UACUCGAAAGAAAGAUGGCGGUAUUGAUGAUUUGUUUUGUGACAUUUAGUAUUUCGUAUUUGACACAAGUGGAUGCGUUGGUGUGUUUGCAAUGCAAGAGUGUACUCAGCCCAAGAAUGUGUAAGCGAGUAACGGAAUGUGGGAACGGAGAGGUCUGCAAAGUUCAGCGACAUACCAAUGAGUUUGGAGAGACGGUGUUUGAUCUUGGCUGUUCUUCUAGCACUGUAUGUUAUGAAACAGGAACAACAAACAGCUGCCAGAAAUUGUUACAAAUAAAUAAUGUAUGCACGAAUGUGACGUCAGUAUCUCAACAGAAUCCCUGUACACAGUGUUGCGACAUUGACCUGUGCAAUCACGUGGCUUGCAAUGAAAAAGAUUAUCCCGCUACAAGGGGACCAAUAUGUUACAACUGUCGGAAUCCAACUCCCGCUGGGAAAUGCCAUGAUGUCGAGUUUUGUGACCAAGAUCAGAUAUGCAAAGUGGUUGCUAGCGAUGUGUUUGGCGAUACUUUAUACACCUCCAGCUGUGAACUUCAACAUACCUGUGGACUGCAAAUACCACCAGGCAUCAUUGGAAAAAGAGAUUCCUCUGAAACUCGUUCAAUUAAAAGCGACCACGCAUGUGACACUUGCUGUUCAGGAGACCUGUGUAACCGAAAUUGCCCACCAGUUGACUGCAGCGAUGUGUUAAACCUUGGCCUAUCUCGUGGAUCGGGUGUGUACAGAGUCAAGCCCUGGACCAUGGUCCAUGACGUGGAGGUUUAUUGCGACAUGGAUACCGAGGGUGGGGGUUGGACGGUGUUUCAAAAGCGUUGGAAUGGAUCUGAAGACUUCAACAGGAGCUUUGUGGAGUACGAGCAAGGUUUUGGCUCAUUGGAUGGUGAAUUCUGGAUGGACUGUUUAAAUCAAGAUAAACAAUUUACAAUUAUGCAAUGGACCAUACUACUUAAAACAGUUUUGUGGGUAAAGAAAGGCCUGAGCCUUCUACACUCAAUGACAAGCCGGAGAAACAUGACUUUACGAGUGGACAUGAGUUUAGCGAACGGAACUACUGGAUUUGACGAGUACUCGGGCUUCUAUAUUUCUCCACCUGACCAGUACAACAUAAACGUUGACAAAAGGGUCAACUCCAGUGGAAUGUCCGAUUCCUAUCUCCUUUCUAACACCGUUGAUCCAGGGGAUAUCAACCACCAACCGUUUUCAACGUACGACAGGGACGCCGACAAAUGGCAUCUCAACUGUGCCGAAAGGCAAGGAGGAGGCUGGUGGUUCAAGUCCUGCACGUUCUCUUUGCUAAAUGGACAUUACAACACAAGGAGUUUUACUUACUUCUCAUUUACAGAUCCUCCUCGUGAGCAACUUAAGACGUCUAGAAUGAUGUUUCGAUAGAGCAGUUGAGAUUUGACCAAAAAUGUGAACUUCAAAGCAAUAUC